CUCUCGUCUUUUGACCUAUUAAAACAGCAUGUCUACCCCUCUAGAAUCAGAUAUGAAUAGUCCUGGAAAGAAGAAAAGAAAGGGCAUCAGCCAUAUUACCUGGGAUGAAGACACUAUCCGCGAACAUGACAAAGAUCGAGGCACUCGUCAAAAAAUUGAUGAGCCAAAAACACCAUAUACAGAAGGCUACUCCAGCGAAGAAGACAAUCACUCACAAAAAGACGAUAUCACCUCUUCCUCCUCCUAUCGUUCUCCCGGACAUCUAGACCAGCAAGAACUGGCUCGUCAAAUGGCCAUCCUGAAAGACCAACAGGAUAGCGGACAACCUAUUGGUCCAAACUUUCAUUCUCUGUCUGACGAAGAAGAUGUCCACCGCCUCAGCAAGAAAGAGUUUGAACUCAAACGCAAAUUACAUUAUGAUGAAUUCAAAAGAGCCAAAUCUCUACAAAACGCCUUCGACGAUGAUGAAGACGAUUCUUCUAGCUAUGAAAGUAGCUCCGAAUCCUCGUGUUAAUCGUAAUCCAUACAAGCAUUCACUAUAUCUCUACUAUCAUCCUCAUUAAGUUCUUCAAACAAAUAUUUCUAACCUAUCCUACAUAUCCAAAAUAUCACCAAUACCACCCUGUAUUCGAUGAAUUUUGCUCCCUCUCCCCAAUAAAAUUUCCACGACCUCCAUGCACGGAAUCUGCAAUACAAUUGAACUCUAUCAAGUGUUUGAUUCAUCAAUACCACUCUCUUACCAUCCUUAUGUAAA